CAUUGACGGCCACUGACGCGACGAUUUUUAAAUGAGAUGGUUAAUAAUUGUUUAGCUGUCACUGUUGGCAAAACGUAGAAAAAUAUUUUCACUUUAUAAAUACUCAAUUAUUCAUAAUUAAUUAAAUUAUUAGCAUAUUAAAAUAAUUUCCAUAAUGCAAAAGAGCCAAAGUAGUUAACUGUAAAGUGUCGACGAGUAAGCUGGUGUCCUGAGUGCUUGUUUAAUCGAAACCUAUUUCCAUGUUCUGGGAUCAUGUUUAUCGGAACAGGCACAUUAUGCAGGAGUUUGAGGACAUAGAAGUACACAAAACCAGUGUGUCAGUUUUCGUGGCAUUGUUCUACUUGGAAAUGCUUUAUAUCUUAAUCAUGACACUUUCGAUACUCAAUAGACUGAAUCAGAAUUUGCCAUCGUAGUUUUUAAUUGGAUAUUUUACAAAUCAAAUCCUACAAUGAUUGAUGAUAACUUAAUAAUUUCUGAGAAAGUUUACUUGUGCAAGAAAUCUAACAUAUAUGUAGACCAUGGUUCACUUCUACACCACCAGGUUGAAGGAAUAAGGUUCCUGUAUAGACAGUUUGUAAAGAAAACUCCUGGAGUAAUCUUCAAUGAGCCUGCUGACUGUUUCUUACAAGUUGCUUUAUUUAUUAAUGCAAUUGUAAAAGGACAAGCUUUAGACAAGCCUGUGUUGAUACUGUGCAAUGAUAGUGACUUGGAAGUAUGGUCUCAACAUUUUCAAAAUAGAGUAUCUGGCAAUGAGAUAGUAGUUGAAGAGACUAAUGUUUUUCUAAAAAAGAAAAUAUUUAUUAACUCUAUGAAAAAGCUGGAUAUUUUGCACCGCGGCAACUGGAGUAUAAUUGUUGUAAAUGAUGAUACCUUUCUACAAUACAAGCAAACACAUCCCAAGUACAAAGCUGACUUCAAAAUUUGGCUCACGACGAUAGAUAUAAAAGAAAAUUUACGAUCCUUUACAUUGAUUUAUAAAUGGUUUUAUUCAAAAGAGAAAGAGAAUCUAGACAUUAUAAAAGAUUGGUAUGAAAACAAAAAGUCUGAUAUUAGAGAAUGGUUAACGCAAACUAUAAGAAUAGAGGCUGUCUUAGAAGAUAUACUCUGGAGGCGGACCAACGUUUUAACCCCAAAUAUUCCCCAGAAUCAACCGGUAAACAAAGUGAGAAGAAAAAACAAAGAUGCAACUGGGACCAAAAUUAAGCGCUCAAGAAAAAUCAUUGAAGACAAUACAGAAAAUCCUAUUUUAAAAAAGAUAAAUAAUACUGACUUAAUAGUAGCCACUUCCAGUGAUAACGCUAAUGAUAGAAUAGAAAAUCAUUACAACGAAGGUAGCAUUGGAACUGAUAAUAAGGAUAAAACUACUAUAGUUGUCGAAAACUAUAUUGGUAGUAAUAUAAAUUCACAUAGACAAAAAAUAAACAAUAUAUUGCAACAUAGAGAAGAGGAGUCUUCUAAUGAACUCGACUUCAAAAUUACUAACGAAACAGAUGCUUCGAUAGAAAUCCGAACUAAUAAUAUUGUUGAAGAUUUAGAGGAAGAAGAUAUGAAGUUAAAUUAUUCUGAUGAGAUUCUAUACGAACAAGAACCAAAUGAAAAAGAAUUAGAGCAAAAUCAAACUGAAACUCCAAUGGAGAUCGAUGGCAAAAAUGAAAUAAAUGUAGUUUCUGAAGAAAAAGUUGUAAAGGAAUGUAACAAUGAUAAUAUAAAUGACACCCUUACUGAUAACUCUAAAAAUAAUGUAUUGCAACAAAAAACAAACGAUAAAGAUGCAACACAAAAACUUUUUGAAUCAUCUAUGGAAAUAGAUAGCAAAGAAGAUAGUAGUGCAGCGGUAAAAGCAAUAAAUAUUGGCAAUACAAAUGGUACUGCUGUUCAAAAUGAAAUAAAGGUUAAAACUAAAUCUAGAAACCAAUGUUUUGAUACCAAAUUACAAGAAAUGGAAGAGAAGGCUAUGAAAAAAUUUAAAGGCUCUUUGCUUGAUAGUAUAUUUUGAAUUAUAUCAAAGUGAUAGCUAUUGCUUAAAAUGAAUUGACAUUAAUAGGUGUAAGUGUACAUAAAAUGUUAUAUGGAGCCUAUCCCAAAAUAUUGUUUCCCUUUUAAAUGAUGUACCAAAAUAACUUAUUGAUAAUAUUAAUGAAUUCUAAUAGACAUUUUGUAACUCCAUAACAAAAAUUAAAUAUUAUUUUAUGUUUUAAUUUAUAUUCUAGCUUCAUUAGGUGUUGGAACAAAGUAUUAUUUUUGGCUUUGGCAUUUAUUAGGCAAAGAUAUUAGGACAAUGCAAAAGUUAUUGGAUACAAGAAAUAUUGUCGUAUCUGUAUGUUUGCGGGGUUUUUAAUUUUAGAACAAAUAUUAUCAGUAUUGGAGUGGUAUUUUAUUAGUCCAUAAACUGUAUAAAUUUUAGAUUUUAUAUUAAUCAAAUAUUAUUUUGAUUUAAAAUUGAUAAAUUUUAGUGAAUUUACAUGGGGGAAUCACGAUACGUGGGCUUGUCUCUUAGAUUUAUUUUUCAUACCGAUAUUAAAUAUCGUUGACGUACACAAAAAAGAAAACUUUUAUGUAUUACUUUUUUAUAAUAUUGUAACGAUAAAAUCGUGCCGAUAUUAUGGUGCAUUCAGUAACUGAAUCUAUAUAUGAGGCCUAUAAAAUCAAAGGCAACUAAACGCCAUAAAAUACAUCUCAUUUUCACACUGUACUCAAAUAUUUCUCAUAAUUAGAAGUUCUAUUAAUUAAAAUUCAUUUUAUUUUCAUCAUUAUUCAUUUUUCUUCAAUCUGGUUUAAACUAUAUUGUUCCAUAUCCUUGACAAAAUAUUAGUUUCUUAUAGUUUCCUGAACAUUUGACAGAUUUGGAUUUAGCUGUCUUUGAUUUUAUAUGUCUCAUAUUCGAUAUAUUACGUUUACAAUGUGAUAGCUGUAUAUAUUUGCAUAUACUAGUAUAUAACUUAUAUAGAUAACAUUUGUAUGGAAUUAUCUUUAUUUUACUUUCAUCUAUUUUAUGCAAUCAUCAAAUAGUGUUAUUUGUAAAUUAUGAAAUGGAUAUAAGAGUUUGUCGGAGAUUUAUGUUUCACGCAUUUUACGACGAAUAAGUACAUCUCCCCACCAAAAUAAAUAGCAAACUAAUCUGUCAGUAGAUACAUUUUCGUUACCGCACGAAGAGAACAAUACGCCGGAUGUGGCCGUCUCAUUCUAUCUCAGGUAUGGAGUAGUUAAACGUAUGUCACGACAGAUUCGUUUGCCAUUUGUCUAGGUGGACUGACUCUGUUUGUAUGAGCUAAAUUAUGUUUUCGUUUGUAAAUAUUGUUUUUUAAAUAAAAUAUUAAAA